UUUUCUCAGUAAAAGUUUGCUCGCGUCCCGGCCAAGUCGUGCCGUCGCGACCGUCCGUCCCCAGUCGCAUACAGCGUUUGUGGGGUGCUGCUGCUAUUAUUUUUGUUGUUUGGUGUGUAUGUGUGUAUUGUUAGAUUUGUUUUGUGUGCGUCGCUGCGUUCUUCACAUCAAGACCUAUCAAGGUGGCACACCAUCAAGGUCAAACGUGGCCUUAGCGCAUCUUCCGCGGGAGUCGUUAGAUCGUUCGUUUCCAGCUUUGGGCGUGCGCCCAGCUAGUGAAUUUUGUUUGUGUGUGCGUCGUUUGCAUCGAUCAUCUAAUACCCGUGACGCGGAGUGGCGGAAUUUACGCACGUUCACACACAUCAACACACCGCCAAUGGUGGCUGUGCUGUGCGUGUAAGGGCGUCUGUGUAAAAGCAACUGACCGUCAAUAACACAAACGGUGCGAGAGAGCGUGCUCACCUUAAUACCGGCCAAACAGCUGUCGGGGGAUCGGAUUUGGAGAUCCCGCUAGCGACGGAUAGCUUCCCAAGCGAGAUGCGGUCGGCAGUGCCCAAUAGCGUCAGGUGCUAUGCAGUCCUGAUGCUACUGAUUUCCAUCGGUACGGUGCAACCCUUCCGGCGGCAUCACCCCCGGCACCAACCCUCGUUCGUGUCGAGGAGUGACUUUGACUGGAAUCUCGCUCGUGAAGUGUUCCGGCACGAAGACUCAAAUGUCGUGUUUUCGCCGUUCUCCAUCAAACUUUUGCUAACGCUACUGUACGAGGCAGCCGAACCGGGAUCCGGCACCCGAUCGCAGCUCGAGGCUGCACUGGUCGAUCCGGACCUGAACCAAACGCGUGCCUUCUACACACAGUUCCUAGAUGCAUCGCAGCAAACAAACGGUGACUAUGAAUUCGAUAUUGGCACAAAAAUGUUCCUGGACAAGGCGCGCGCCAAGCUGCCCCAAGCGUACACUGACCUGCUGGAGCAAAUGUACCGUACCUCGGUAGAGCGGGUAUCGUUCAAUGGCACAAAGGCGACCGCCGAGAGGAUAAACACCUGGUGCGAAAAGGUAACCCGUGGUCGCAUCACGGAGCUAGUUACGGAAGACACGCUACAGGAUGCACAGCUAGUACUGGCGAACGUGCUGUUCCUGAAAGCGUCCUGGAAGAACUCGUUCCCCGACGACCAAACGCACAAUCGGACGUUUCACGUCGCCGACGGCGACACGGUGACAACCGAGUUUAUGCGCCAGAUGGAUCUGUACGACUACACCGUUCACGAGCAGCUCGGGGCGGAAGUGCUCCGGCUACCGUACAAGGGACGCCAGUUCAGCAUGAAUAUGGUGCUGCCGCACCGGAACGUUUCACUUGCGGCGCUUGCCGACGCUCUCACGCCCACCAUGCUCGACUCGAUAGCGGAGCAGUUCGUACGGGAAGAGGUAACGGUGCUGAUACCAAAGUUUCGCUUCAACUACGGCACACUGCUCAACGAGGCCAUCCAGCGCCUGGGAAUACGCGACGUUUUCACUAAGAAUGCAGCACUUCCCCUGCUUGCGUCUGCUGAUGACGCCAAACAGAGCACCAUCAAGAAUGAAGUGCAGGUAUCGAAGAUGCUGCAAAAAGCGGGUAUCGAGAUCAACGAAAAGGGGACGCUUGCCUUUGCAGCGACUGAAAUUCAGCUAGUCAACAAAUUCGGUUACGACGGCGAGCCGAUCGUGUUCGAGGCCAACCGACCGUUCCUGUUCUACAUACUCGACGAGGAAACGAAUGCGAUCCUGUUCGUGGGAAAGGUAACGGAUCCUUCGCGCAGCACGCCCACACCCCGUGCCGCGGACCGCCUAUCAGUAAACGUUGGCAGAUCGUUCGAGCUGGACGAAAUGGGCAUCUUCCACGGUCGACGAUGGGCAGCGGUGUUGUGCUGUGUGUUUGCGCUGACGAUCGCGGCAACUCCAAGGAGGUUUUUACAAAAUCGCUUCACCGUCGACUACGAACCAUUCGCAGGGCCGUGGAAUGAUGAUUUCGAUUGGAGCGUAAUAAAGGAGGUACUUCACAAAGCGCCGGGCAAUGCGGUGAUUUCACCGCUCUCCGUUAAGGCCCUGCUGGCGCUACUGUACGAAGGUUCGGCGAGCCGAUCCGAGACGGAGCGUGAACUCCAGCAAGCACUCAGCGGCGGUAAUUCGCAGGCCGUUCCCAAGCUGCAAGACGAUCUGCUGCAGUACAAGCAACAGCAGCAACAAAACCUGCUCAUUACCGAUCGCAUCUUCUACGACACCACGGUCACGCUCCUCCAGAAGUAUCACAGCAUCAUUGCGGCUCGCUACAAUGCCACGACGCAGAGUGUGGACUUUCAGGACACGCAGUCGGCGGCGGCCGAAAUCAACGCGUGGAUCGCGCAAAACACGCGCGGCAAGAUUCAGAGCAUCAUCAAACCGGACCUGCUGCAGGACGCACUGAUGAUGCUGAUCAAUACGAUCUACUUCAAGGGUUCCUGGUCCAUCCCCUUCCCGACCAAUGCGACGGUCGAGCGGCCGUUCUUCACCGGCAGAAUGCACACGGCGGGCCGGUACGGUGGACCGCGGUCCGUUCCGUUCAUGAAGCAGCGCGAGCGGAUCUUCUACUACAAACAUGCCGAGCAGUUGGGCGCCCAGUUUCUGCGCCUACCGUACGACUCCAACCAGCUGUCGAUGAUCGUGGUGCUGCCGGAUGAGCAGGUUUCGCUGGGGCAGCUACUGUCCCGGCUUACGGCCGAUGCGGUCCACGAAACGCUGGCCGACAUGUCUGAGGAGGAGGUCGAAAUCGAGCUGCCCCGCUUUUCGAUGACUUAUUCGAGCUCGUUGCGCGAAUGUCUGCAGCAGCUGGGCGUCUCGCGGGUCUUCACCGAUCAGGCAGAGUUGCCGCUGAUUUCGCGAGGUCGCACCACCCCGCUGAAGGUUAGCACGAUACUGCAGAAGAGCUGCAUUCUGGUCGACGAGCAGGGGACGGAAGCGUCGGCGGCGACCGAGGGCACGCUGGUGUUUACCAUUCUCAACCAACCGGUCAAGUUCAUUGCCAACCGGCCGUUCCUCUUCCUGAUCUACGACGAAGGCAAGGGCAACUGGCUGUUUGCCGGCAAGGUGGAAGAUCCACAAACGUAAGCGGGCGACAAACAACAGAGCUUCUUGUAUGAGCAAUAUCAAUAAAGAUGGUUUACUGUUUAGUACCAAA